AUGUACCACCCCAGCCACCACGCCCACACGGAUCGCCUCUCUCCGCCUGCCGGCCUGUCGCCGUGUGCGGGAGGCGCGGAGCAGAAACUUCUUCGCGGCCCUUCGGGCGGAGCAGGUGGAUGCGGGUCGCGAGCGCACGGGGGGCUGGCCAAGGAGCCGCCGUUGCCUCGCAGCAGCGCCAUCGUCGGAUCGGGCCUCGUGCCGCCUGCGCCAGCCACAGUCGCCGCGCUCUCGUUGGACGACUCGGAUCUCGCCAGCGUCGUCAGCGAGAGCUGGAACAAAUGCGCAGCGUCGCGCCGCUUCGCCUCCGUGGCCCCUUCCGCACCGCUCGCCCAAGCCGUGCCGCAGACUGCAGCGAACGCGUCGGCCACUGCGCCGGCCAGCCUGCCCGGCUCGUUUUCGUCCGGCAGCCGCUGCGGCCGCUUCGCAGCGUGGGGGUGCGCCGAUCCGCUCUUCGCGAUCGAGCGCGGCGCGCUGCUGGUGGGGGAUAGCGGAAUAUCGCACGCUUCAGAGACUCCAUUCCGCCCGCAUUUUCCGCGCGCCCAUCCGUCCGCACAUGCGUCGGCGGGACAUGGUGUGGCGCGCGGAAGCAGCGCGAGCAGCAUCAGCACGAGCUACCAGCGCUCGGCGCUCUACCAGCGGCCGUUCUCGCCGUCCGCCACGCCGGGGCACGUGGCGGACUGCUUAGAGCGCACGGCGGACAGCGUGGGCGCGCGCCAAGGGCAAGGAGGAACGGCGGAAGGGCGCGUCGAUGGAGUUGGGGCGGGUGGCGGAAGCAGUGGGUGCGGGAGGAGGCGGUCGGGCUGGGCGUCAUCGAGAGCUGUGCUCGUCGGCGAUGGCUCGGCGCACCCCGCGAACCACCUUCCCCCCUCCGCCGCACACGCGCUGGCGUCAGCGGCGGCUGGGUGGGAGGAGGCGAUGGGGGAGGCGAAUGGGGAAGGCAUGGGGGAGGCGAUGGGAUGCUGGGCGGAGGGGAUGGGGGAAGCGGAGCGCGCGGAGGACAUGGAGGAGGGCUUCGAGCUGUCGGAGUACCUGAGCCUGCCGGACGACCUCGCGUGGUGCGCGUGGCCCGCCUGCGACCAAGUCGCCGUCUCCCGCGGCGCCGACUCAUGCCCCGCGCUGGGCGACGUCGCUCACAGAGCCGGCGAGAGCAGCGAGCCGCAGCCCAACAGCUUCUGCCGCGCGCACCAGGCGCUGACGUCAGAUGCGCGCGUGCGCGGCGGGUGUCUGAUGUCGCUACUAGCGCGUAUGGACGGCGACGGAAUGCAAGCGCAUCAGACGCCCGCCUCCGCGCUCUUUUCCGCCCCCCGUACCGCGCAUUCUCCCGCGCCCUUUGUCUCGCCCAUCGCCACCGUCGAAUCGUCGCCACACCAGCGGCACCAGCAGCUUUCGCCCGCCGUUCGUGCGGACGCGGCUUGCGGGAACGAGGCGGCGGCGCUGCUGGAGCGAGCGGACGCGGUGGCGGCACCCGGUGCGGGAGCGGCGCCUGUGGCAGCGGAAACGGGCGUUGGAGCGGGCGGGGCUCGCGGAGGCUUGCAGGCGGCGAUGGAUGGCGCGAGCGGCGAGGGUACAGCGGCGGAGGGCUUGCUCUGGGCGGCGCUGCCAGACGCGUGGUUCCGCGGGUUGGAUGUGUGGGAGGACGCACCGGGCGGCGCGGAUGGGCACGAGGGACCCGCAGCGGACGAGGGUCAGGCCGCGCAUGCCCGCUGGGAUGGAGGGCCGAGGGCGCGAGAGCGGCAAGGUAGAGGGACGGGCGCGAAGGGGCAAGCGCGAGGGGGGGAACUUAUGGCGGGAAGGGAGUGGUCGGAUGUAGGGGCGGCAGGGGCGGGUGGGAGCGGUGGGUUGAGCGAGAGUCAUGAGGAGCACAUGCAGUGGCAGGUGGAGACACAUGAGGGCGCGCAGGGGACGCAUGCAGCAUGCAUGCGCGGUCAAGGGGCAGCAGCAGCACCACGCGCAUCAGCGCGGGCAGUGGCGGCAGAGGCAUGGGCAGGAGAUGGAGAAGGAGAGCGACUGCCUGCAAUGCCUGCUGCUGCUCUACCCGCCGCUCCCUGUCCCUCCGCCUCCCCGCUCGCUGCUUCUCCUCCAUCCGCGUCCGCUGUUCCCCUAUCCGCCUCGCCUGCAGCCGCGGGUGGUGCUGUGGGAGCGGAGAGGCGUGAGAGGCGGCAGCGCAGCACCAAAGCGCCAGCAGCAGCAGCAGCAGCAGCGGGUGGGGCAAGCGCGGGAGGCGAGGCAGGUGAGGCACGGCAAGUGGCUGGCGGGGCCACUGUGGGGCGACGUGCAGGAGGGGGUGCGGAGGGCAGUGGCGCAAUGGCAGGGGGCACGAGGUGUGAUCCAGGUGCAGCAGGAGUUGGUGGCGGGCCAGGCGCCGCCACGUUCGUGCCGUAUCACGUGUGGCAUCAACCCGCCGCUCCCCUCAUGCCCCCCAUGCUCUUCGUGCAGCCGCCCUUCCCCCCUGCCCACCUGCCAUACCCACAAGCAGGUUCGAGCGUGCCAGUGGCCA